AUGUGGGAGUUCAGGUCCAUGUCUUUCUGGCGGGCGGUGUUCGCCGAGUUCUAUGGAACCAUGUUCUUUGUAUUCUUUGGCCUGGGGGCAGCUCUCCGUUGGACCACUGGGCCCCAUAAUGUCCUCCACGUUGCCUUUUGCUUUGGGAUGGCGGCUGCCACCCUUAUCCAGUCCAUCGGCCACAUCAGUGGAGGACACAUCAAUCCAGCUGUUACCUUUGCUUACCUGAUUGGUGCCCAGAUGUCCAUGUUCCGUGCUUUCUUCUACAUGAUGGCCCAGUGUCUGGGAGCACUUGCUGGUGCUGCCGUGCUCUACGGGGUCACACCCAACAACAUGAGGGGAAAUCUAGCACUCAACACGCUGCAGCCAGGGAUCGGCCUGGGCAUGGCCACCACCAUGGAGGUAUUCCUCACCAUGCAGCUUGUCAUCUGUGUCUUUGCUGUGACUGAUGAGAGGCGCAAUGGACGCAUGGGCUCUGCUGCCUUGGCCAUUGGCUUCUCUGUGCUCAUGGGACAUCUUCUCGGGAUGUUCUACACUGGAGCAGGAAUGAACCCAGCAAGGUCCUUCGCCCCUGCUGUCAUGGUCAGGAAUUUUGUCAACCACUGGGUGUACUGGGUGGGCCCCAUGAUUGGUGGUGGCAUGGGUGCUCUGGUUUAUGACUUCAUGCUGUUCCCCCGUAUGCGUGGCCUCUCCGAGAGGCUCGCCACACUGAAGGGCAUCCAGCCCCCAGAGUCUGAUGGCCACCAGGAGACCAGGGGAGAACCCAUCGAGCUCAAGACACAGGCUCUAUAAGCCUGGAGAAGAUUGGCUUUCUGACCCCCAUCCCUCACCCCCUCAAUCUGCACCCUCAGUUCCCGGUCCAUCCUCAGCCCAUUCAGCAUUUCUGCACACAUACCUCCUUCCUAUCUUCACACAUACUAACACAGAUCCCAAACACCUUUGUUAUCCUUGUUCUGCAUCCAGAACUGGACCUAAUGAGUUACAGUGAAGGGGCACCCACAGCCCUGACCACCUCACCUGAUUCCACCUCUCCCCAUCCUUCCUCCUCCUUCCUCCUUCCCCUUGGACUGCAGGACAAAGAUGGAGGGUUAGACGAAGACUUGCCACUGAAGGAAGCACCCUGUGCCCUGUGGUGUGGGGAGUCAGUUACUCCUGGCUGACCAGGUGGCUAUAACUGCUCAGGACAGGGGCCUCUCUCUCUCUCUCUUUCUUUCCCUUUCUCUCUCUUUCUGUUUUCUCCCUAUUUUGUAGUCUGCUAAGAGUGAAGCUACAGUAGAGCAGUUGACUUCUGCAUGCUUUUCCAUUUUGAUCCAGAGUCAUUGCGCCCUUUGUUUUGUUUUGUUUAACGAACUUUGGGUAAAUUACAUGUACGUAUUGUACUUUACCAGUAUCUAUUUGGCUCACUUUCUUUUUUUCUUUUUUUUUCAGUUGUAUGUGUGCGUGUGUUUGUGUGUGAGACUGAGAGUGAGUGUGCAUGCAUGUCUGUGCAUGUAUAUGCGUGGGUGCUUGUUUUAAUUGCUAAUUUUUAUUUUUCAAUUUUCAUUGCCACAAUCCUUUGUCUGUAUCAUGAUUCUUUUUUUUUUUUAACAUACAAACAUAUUUUAGGGAAAGAUGCAGCUGUUUCCACGCCCUCACUGAUACAAAAGUUCAUCAGAUGUUUAGAGUGAUCCCGUUUUAUAUCAGAUAAAAAUAACUUUUGAGUCAAAGCCAAAUUUAUUCAGUUUAGAGUUUGUGUCUCAUCUAGUGAAGCACACACACAUGCAUAUUUAUAUUAAAAUAAACACAAAACACAAAACCAUCUGGUCUUUUUUGAGCUCAGUCUUCAACAAAGUUACAGUUAUAAAAACUUGAAAUGGUAAAAAUACCACCAAAUGUGUUGCUAAUCUUUUUAAGUGGGAAAUCUGCAGGUUUGUACCACAUUUAGAUAACUUAUACAGUAUUGGUGUUGGGUUAUGUUUUAAAUUACUUUCUGACAUGAGCUUUGCUUUUAGAGCAGCGCUUAUCACAGAUUCAUGUACAGGUGUGUGAUAGCUGGUUUGCUUUUACUUUUGCGUGUCUGCCAUGGAAAAACAAAGAAAGCAAACCUGACAAGCUGUCAUGAGGAAUAAGCGUUUUCUAAUUGAAUUGUGUUGUUUGACACGACUGAAGGGUCUUUGUUACAUCAACUCGAGAUUAAAAAUGAAAGAGUGCAUGAGGUGUAGUGGCUUGUUGCUGGUGUUGGCAAACACCUAGUGCCUUCUCUUUUCUACAAGGAGCUGGGUGGCUCUUUAGGAGUGAGAUAGUUUUACUGGCUAAGCCCCUCUCUGAUAUUUGAGAGAAGAGAGAAGGUCACCACAAGGCAACUGAAAUCUUUAGUGUGUUUGUACAGGGUGAUAAAUGUACACCUUUAUUUUCAUACAAUCUACACAAGCAAGAAUGAAAUUUGAAGUUGAAGCUCUACAUUGGCCUGGUGUCCUCUCUCUCUUCCAUCCCUCCUUCAUUCACCCUACCUCCUCCCUUUGUUUACGAGGCAGCCAUCUUGUUCUGCUCUAAUGAGGGGACAUCUAAAGCUGCUGGGAUGGAGGGGACGGGGCACUGAGAUAAGUUAGCAUUUUGACCAGGCAUGUAAGCUGAUUCUCUUUCUGCUUCCUCUACAUUUACUACUUUUUUUUCAGUGUGAUUUCCCUGGCAGUGGUUGAGUAGAAUUUACAUUUUAGUGACAUGUUGAAAUUAGAAGUUGUGUUCCAAUGGAAAAGUUUUGUGAUGUACAGUGUAAAGUUUUCUUUUUUAAAAAAAAAAAAACAUUUCAUGAUUGUUGAAACUGGAUGGAUAGGAAAUAUAAUAUGCUAGUAAUGCAAUGUCUCCUCUUUGGCUGAUGGAUUAUGGAAGUGAUGCCACUUAUGUUAUACACCAAUAUGCUCUCAUUCAGUGGACAGCCUUUUUGGUACCAGGCAUGCCUUCCCAAUCACAAGGCCACUAUUUUUAUAUGUCAAAAAAAUCUGAAAAUUCUUAUGUUUCCAAUUGUUUUUUGUCUGUUUUCUUUUAGACUAACUGUAAAAAAAUAUGGGACUUAAAUAGAUGGUUGGAUCGGACAGACCAGGAACUCAUAUACAAUUAUUUCAUUUCAAUUGCUUGCAGGACAUAUUCCUCUAUGUGCAGGGUUUCAGACUUACACCUAUGAUAUUAGUCGAGGUGGACUAAUUUCUUGUAAAUAAAUCCACAAAAAUAUUUUUUUGAUUUUUGUAAAAACUAAGAUUUUAUUUGUCACCACGGUUAAGAGAUUAUAUGGGUUGUAGUAGUAGCUUCACAGUGAUUUAUCCAAAAGUCAGUCCACAAGAUAUAAAAGGUUAUCAUCCA